GUUUAUGCGCUGCAAUUAUUUGGAACAACUCUUGAAAAAGAACAUGGUACGAUUAUUGAUAAAAUACUUUAAAGUCGCUCAUAAAUAAAUUCAACAGUCAGGGACGCGUUAUGAGAGGCCGGAUAAGACGUCCGAGGGCAGAUGAUGAAUUCCACUCAAAAGGCCAUAUACUCGGAGACUAUGUUGACAAAAGGAAUGUAACAUAUCAAGGAAUGUAUGUCGUGUUUAUGCUUGUCCAUUAACAAAGUCACUAGUACAUGCUAGUAGUGCAGUAUGGCCGCUAAAACACACCUGAUCGGCGACAAGGAGACCAAUAAUUGGUUCAAAGCGUGCAUAGGACUCAAUGUUACGAAGGAAGGACUCACUAAUUUUCUUUGCGCAGAAUUACAGAAAGUACACACCGUUGUUGGUAGAAGUUGUGGAAACUGCCCAAUUGAAAACCUCAUACAAUGUCCGACAAACCCAUAUUGUAACAAGAGGAAACGGAAUUAUUGUCCUUUUCACAAAUCACAGAAACCGCAGCCAUGCCCAAUAUGUGAUAAUGUAAAACAUAAUAUCAUAUUACAACACAGAUAUGGUGGACCUUCCUGGAGGAACACUCGUGCGGAAAAGUGGGUACUAAAUUAUUGGGAAAUAGGCAAAUGCUACCUCCCUCCGGACGGAUAUAGCAGCAUUUCCUCGGUCCAGGAAUCGGACUUUAAUGGUGUGAUAAGCAUCAUGUUGAAUUGCCUACAUUUCCAUACAUGUCUCUCCCCCUUAUGUUUAUCACCUCCACCGCCUGAUAAGCAAUGUCCUCUAGAACAGGUUCGUCAGAUUGGCCGAGAUGUGCGACACACAUCCGACUGCAAGGUUACAGAUGCUGACUUACAGGACUAUUUCAAGGCACUGUCCACGCUCCUGGCUGACCCACAAUACUUACAACAUGAUCCUUCAGCCAUCAUAGCAUGUACAAGACUUAGUGAUUUGCAGAAUGAUCGUAUGUCGUUUGAAGAACUGGGCAAGCUGUUAAAAGAGGUCAAUGAAACGCUCGAAGAAGCAAAAAAGACCGGCAAACGUUUUUCUGAGAUUGCGGAAAGGACCUUGUCAAAACAUCUGCAGAAAUUGGAUGCUACAAAUCAGUUGGGGCUGAUACGCCUUAAAAAGAAGACAACAGUUGGGGAACAACGCCUUCAUAGCAAGACGAAAUUUGGGGAACAUCGCCUUGAAAGAAAGACACAAUUUGGGGCACAGAGAAUUGAAAGCAGUGUACAGCAUGGCAUUGAGCGCAUGCAACAAGCAGCAAACAAAACUGCACAAGCAGACUACGAACGAGACGUAGCAGAUUCGUCGAGUUCGGUCUCAUCGACACUUCCGGUGUGUAUUGUACUAAAUAGUGCAAAUCCAGCCCAGUGUGCAGAUCCUCCACCACUACUGCCUUGCAUAGAACGCAUUGAAUUGGAAGAUAUUACAUGUUCGUCUACCUGGCUACGCAGUCUGUUCAGCACAUUACUGACACUCGAGCAAAAUGCUGUGUGUAUACUGACGGAGGUCAGUUGUCAAGGUACAUUUAUUGAUUCCGCAGAAUUAUCGUGCUUUAAGAAAACAUUAGCAUACUACAACGGCUAUACUUCUUCUCCAGAGUGCGACGUUCUAUGGGAGGUUCUCCAUGGUCUGAAUAUAAAGAGCCUUAGUCUGGAUACAAGUAUAAUAAAUUGUGCAGGCUCGAUGCCCCAGUCACUUUUAUCGCUCACUCAUCUGGACACGCUUAGUAUUAAAGUGGAUGAUGACAGUCCCGGUCUGUGGGAGGCUCUCCAUGGUCUGAAUAUCAAGAGUCUGAGUCUGAGUGGUCGAUAUGGAUAUUUAAACGUACAUAAUGCAGACUCGAUGUCCCAGUCACUUUUAUCGCUCACUCAUCUGGACACGCUUAGUAUUAAAGCGAAUAAUUACAGUCUCGGUCUGUUGGAGGCUCUCCAUGGUCUGAAUAUCAAGAGUCUGAGUCUGAGUGGUGGGCAUGGAGGUUUGUAUACGCUUAGUAUAAAAGUGGAUGAUGACAGUCCCGGUCUGUGGAAGGCUCUCCAUGGUCUGAAUAUCAAGAGUCUGAGUCUGUGUGGUCAUUAUGGAUAUUUAAACGUACAUAAUGCAGACUCGAUGUCCCAGUCACUUUCAUCGCUGACUCAUCUUGACACGCUUAGUAUUGAAGUGUUUCGUUACUAUCCCGGUCUGUGGAAGGCUCUCCAUGGUCUGAAUAUCAAGAGUCUGAUUCUGAGUGGUCAGUAUGGAUAUUUGAAUGUUAAGCAUGCAGAGACGAUAGCACAGUCACUGUCAUCGCUUAAACAGCUUGAAAAGCUUUCAAUAUUUUUGCGGACAUAUAUCGACAUAAAGCUACCUCAAUCAUUGAAGUAUUUAAAUAUCUACUGCGUGACAUUGCUUCCAUCGGAAUUACACGAACUUGUGGGCACACUGUCUGCAUGUACUCGUACAGUUGAGUGUAAGCUGGAAUUCGGUUGCGCUUCUUUCAACGAUGCACGCGUAAAAUCAAUUCCACCUGAGGAAUACAUUUCAAUCCAACAAGAACUGGGGACUCUGAAUCACGUUGCCGUGAAACGAUUCCAAAUAUUACACCGGAGACGUAAAACCAAUAUUUGUGAGUAUAAUGCCGCAUCUCCUUGGUCCGUACGUGCCAUUUGUGGUGUCCAAGACGAUAAUACGGAUGAUGAUAAUGUUAACGAUGUUGCAUAGGAAAGCUUCGUUCUCGCAAUCGCCGCAUUAAGCAAUGAAAUCAUUAAUCGAAUUGCAAUGCGACUUCUGAUUACUCCAUCCUCAAACUCAUGAAUCGUCGAUAAAUGCGACUGCAACACGUGAUAAUAACGAGAACAAUUGUAUUCAGUAUGUCUCGAACAUUUUAAAUAAGAAUGAUAUAUCUCUCCUGGAUAGCAUACAUAGACAGUAGGCAUUGUCAAACAUUAAUUCAACAAGUUUAAAUAAUCUUAACAUUUUUGUGACGUGUUAUUGGUGUGUAAAUGUUUUAAACUGAAAAUGUUUGAUGAAAUGCAUGCCAAUUUUGUAAAAGUAUUUAAAGUAUACAAACACCAUAAAUUCCAACACGCCAAGCAGUUUCAUUUCAUAGCCAAUACUGAAUAUCAUGUACUGUUUUUUCUGCAAUAUUUAUAUGCGAAGCAAAUUAUAUGUAUGCGUUGUUUCUAGUUCGCGUUAAAGCACAUAUAUAUGUACAUCUUGUGAACAUAUUCCAGAACUGCUUAAAAAAGUUUCUAUAGCCAUGAAUAUUGCAGAAUAUCAAAUACAUUUGAUCCCUUAUUGACUAUAGAAUUCCAAACGCUUGUCGUCUUAGAAUAAAUCAUAUAAUAAUGUGUUAAGUUGCUUCUUGUUGACGGUGCGUGUCAUGUUGAUCUUAAUGUUUGUCAUUACUGAUAGCAGUAACCACAUAUUGUUGUACACACACAUAUAUAUAUAACAUGUGUGUGUUAAUUGUUUAGAUGCAACAAGAAAAAGGUGCAUACCUUUAGUUUUCAUUUAGUUUCAGAUUAUUUUCAGGUACUAAAAUAAAUCUAUAAUAGUAUAUAAUUCUAUAUUGUGUUCUUGACUAGAAUCAUUUUUGUUACGCAUGUCUUAUCUUUAUAAACACAUGUUUUGGCUGUGACUCUGAGCCAAAUAUCAGGUUUGGAUUUCUUACAAACGGACUUGCAUUAUACGGUAUGGACUCCUUACAAACGGGUUUGCAUUAUACGGUAUGGACUCCUUACAAACGGGUUUGCAUUAUACGGUUUGGAUUUCUUACAAACGGAUUUGCAUUAUACGGUUUAGAUUCCUUACAAACGGGUGUGCAUUAUACGGUUUGGACUCCUUACAACCGGGUGUGCAUUCAGCGUUCAGAGGCGGUGAUCCCAAAUAUAUUCAUGUGUGUUUAUGCUGUGUUUUUGUGUAUCCGUACACGUGUGUUUUGUCUAUAAAUUUGAAAUAAAGCAGAUAUUAAGUUUGAACUGAAAAAAAAAUAAUUGUGAUGUGGUCUUGUGCUGUGUGUAGAAGUCGGAAUACACGUAGGAAGUUCAAACUCUCGCCUUAUUCCAGUUACCCAUAUCGCAUUCGUUAUUGGUGACUUCCGAUGCAAUGCCAACGUUGUUUAUUCCGUGGUAAAAACGAACAGCCUACACACGAGAAAUUCUGUUUAUGAAUGUAAAAGUUUAUUUGUUUAUAAUAUUUUCUGGAUAUAUAUGAUAUCAUUAUUAAGUUUGUUUGUAUAUAACACUUGUUUAAAGAUGUUAACCAUAUAUCAACUACAAUGAAACGAUUUACGUUGGCUUAAGCGCAUACGAUAACACGCAUUCAAUAUAGAUAAAGAUUGAGCACCCAUAUAUAUGAAAAAAACAUUAACAUGUUGUCAAACAUUGUAGGAAACUUAAACGUGUGAGAGUUUUAUAAAUCUGGGUUUUAUUUAAAGAACGAAAAUUCAUACAUUAAUAACUAGUCUGUUAAUUAAAAAAAAUGCGUGUGUGGUUUUACAACAAAUGAAUACAAACGAAAAUUAUUUGUUAAAAUUAGUCUGAAUAAUCAUUUUAUCGUUAUUUUCACGGCGCUUGGUUAUUUCUUUUUAUGUUUGUGUGUUGCCUUUUUGUCGUAAAGGAUCAUAUGUAAUUAAUAUAGGUUUCUGUAUUUUGUAUUAAUAACACCGUUGUGCACAUCUAAAACAUGUGUACCUCAACGAAUUAAGUAUUAUCUUCACAAUCAAAACAUCUGUGCCUUACUCAAAUACCGGAAAUUUAUGAAUGAGCUAUCUUCAUAUCUUAAUUUUAAAUUGUUUUUAAAGAUGUGUGUGCAUACAAUAUACAUUAAAUACAUAAUAUUACUUUCGAAAAGUGAAAUAUCACAUACAACGAAAAAAGUUGCACUUGUUUAAACCAUAUUUCUUUAGAGAAGUAAACGAUGCAGACGAUGUCAAACACAACUUUAUUACAGUCAACAAAUAAAGUAGCAAUAAACACAGUAUAAACCCAUAUAUAAUAUGAAAAGAAACAGCAAGUGCAGAAGUUACAAACCUUUUUAUACUUGAAAGUUAAUAUAUACAUCGCACUCUACUGCAAUUGGUGUUUGUUUAAUUUAGAUUCUUUGCAGAAUAAUGAAAACAGUGUAAGUAGUUUUCGCAUGUUUAUUUACAGAAGUAAAAUAUGCAGAGGAUACAAAACAGUAGAAAAACGCAUGCUAUAUGAAAAGUACGGACACAAUCAAACGCAAAGAAAUCAUCCAGCGCCGUUAAAUUUAAAUAAAUAAAAGAUUUAACUAAUUGUAUGUGUGUUUUUUUAAUGUGGACUUUUGCACAACAAAUAUUAUAAUAAUUUAAUCACAGUGUAAGAUACUUGUCAUUCAUUUUCUAAUUUCGCUUCUUUUAUCUCCGACUUCUUGUGAUAUUGCUGAUAUUUUAACACAGAUCACGGUCGCCAUAUGGGACUUGUUCUGGGAAAACUGGGCUUAACGCAUCUGCGUAGUGUCGUCACAGAUAAGCUAAUCAGGGAGACACUUUACGCAUAAAGUGUAUUUUAGGUUAGAAGAGACUUCGUUUUAACAAACAUUCCAUAAAAGAGAAAAACGCUGUCCCUGAUUAGACCGUGCGGACUGAACAGACCAAGCUGUGAUACACUUAAUGCUCAUGCAUUUAGCCUAGUUUUCCCAGAACGAAAUUCGUAUAUGACGAGUCGUGUAGAACAGUGGUGGUAUUAAAAUGACUAAUUAAUUCGACCAUAGGUGGCCAGACUCAAAUAAUGAUGAUUCUAUUAAAAAUAGUUAUUAUAUAUGAUUACGGUUGAAUGAAAAUCGAUAUUGACCGAAAACAAA